GUUGAACACGAAUGUUUCCGGAACACGUGGCUCUCCUGUAACCGCUGAUGAGCGACAGGCGGGUGUCAAGAGGAGUGCAAGCAAAGAUGAUUUCCCUCACAGACUCCCAGAAAAUUGGAGUGGGGCUUACAGGAUUUGGUGUAUUUUUCCUGUUUUUUGGGAUGAUCCUAUUUUUCGAUAAAGCCCUUCUUGCUAUAGGAAAUAUCCUUUUUGUUGUUGGCCUGGCGUUUGUUAUCGGCUUGGAGAGGACGUUUAGGUUCUUCUUUCAGAAGCACAAGAUGAAAGCCACCAGCUUCUUCUUAGGGGGUGUCUUCGUGGUGCUGAUUGGAUGGCCCAUCAUCGGAGUGGUUCUAGAGUUUUAUGGCUUCUUCCUUUUAUUCAGGGGAUUCUUUCCAGUUGUAAUAGGCUUCAUCAGGAGGAUUCCUGUGCUUGGAUAUUUGCUGAAUCUUCCCUUCAUUAGUGGGCCCUCCUAAUGCUGAGGACAGUCGGCCAUCUUGUUUGUGGACUCCACAAGUGAAAGCAACAACAUGGUUUAAUAGAAACUGAUUUUUAAAAAAACUCUUAUUUAUGAUGGAUAUUCUAAAGCUUUACUCUAAAACAGCCAUGUGAAAUCUAGGGCUCAUAUUACUGAAGCUUUGCAUUCAGACGUAUUUACAUUGUAAGAACGACGUCUGAGUGUGCGUGAUAUUUAAGACAACGAGAAGUGAAUUGUGCAGUGUGGAAAAGACGCCACAUCUUCGUCCUGCAGACAAUGCAAAGCUGCGUCGCUGGACCUAGCAUCCUUCCACAAGGUGUAUACUUCAUGAAUGAGUACUUCACGAAGAAGUAGGAGAGGUCCUUCCAUGAGGGACGGUUUGUUGAAUGUGUUGAAGAGAUUCCUGGUUUUUAUUGACUUGGAAUUUUGAAUUCUGUUACAAAAAUGGCCUUGUUACACUGUUGUAUCUAUGGUGUUAUUUUAAAGAGCUGAAUGACUUAAUUACUCGUUUUUGCCGACACACCUGUUGAAACACCAAGUGCGAUAUUUACACUCUUGUAAAAUUAGCUGUUACCUUACUAAUUCUUACUACUUAGCCAACUGGCAUGCAAAGGUGUUGCCAUCAUUUGUUUCUAGCUCUAUUUUAUCAAACAUGUAUCUGAAAUUUGUAUGUUGAAAAUCUUAAAUAUAUUGAGAACAUUUAAAAACU